AUGUUCUUUAUCAGUCUUGUGCUGGGUGGAGCCAGCUGUAAGUUGCAGUGUUACAGUAUUGUGGUAAAAAAGAGGAUUCGAUACAUUCUUCAAUACCACUACGACCAAGAUGAGCAGCAAAAGACGAAAAAAAUUUGUGGACCUAAUACAUUAUCGAAUACAACAGCAACGCGAUGGUUUCAACGAUUCCUCUCUGUAAUAUGGACGUCGAAGAUGAGGCGAAACGUCGAAAGUGUAGUUAUAAUCAUGGAAAUCGUCAAGUCGAAUCGCCAUGGGAGCACGUAUUCUAUCGUACAGGAACCGCAAAUUAACCACAAAACCAUUAGGAACCAUAUGCAUAAGGCUGGUCUCAAGAAGAAACUCGAUAUGUGGGUGCCACACGAAUUAACGCAAACGAACUUUUUGGAUCAAACUGAUGCUUGCGAAGUGAAGCGAAGAAACGCUCAAAACAUUUUACUUCAUGUAGUCUCACUUAUGUUCGCAAUAUUGGUCUCAUGUUUCGAAAAGAAGAUUAAUGAUCCGUAUUCAGUUUGUUGCUAUACGUGA